AUGCACGACUGGCGCAGGAUCUUUGACCAAAACCUGCUGGUCCCUCCGCACCCACAGAGAGCACGCCAGCCUGCGAAGGAAUCGACGGCGUUUCACUGUGUCCUGAAGUGGCUCGAUGGCCCGCAAAUUAAGCAGGGUGUGCUGGAGCUGCUAUCAGAGGUGGGCUGCCACCUGCGCGUGUCUCUCUUCGAUGUCACCUAUCGGUACUUCUUCGGGAGGACGUGGAAGAGCUCGUCGAGACCCACAGAGCCACUCAGCAAGCAGCCAGCCAGGAUCGUCUUCAAUGAGCCCUUGUAUUUUCACACAUCCUUGAACCACCCUCAUGUCGUGGCCGUGGUGGAGGUGGUCGUUGAAGGCAGGAGACGAGACGGGACCCUCCAGACUCUGUCCUGUGGGUUUGGAAUCCUUCGGAUCUUCAGCCCCAAGCCGGAAUCUCCAACUUCCACCUCCCAGGACAAACGGCUGAGACUGUAUCACGGGAGCCCGCGAGCCCUCCUCCACCCGCUCCUUCAGGACCCCAUAGAACAGAACAAGCACAUGACCCUCAUUGAGAACUGCAGCCUGCAGUACACGCUGAGGCCACACCCACUUCUGGAGCCCGUGUUCCACCUUCUUCCCGAGAACCUUCUGGUGUCCGGUCUGCAGCAGAUACCUGGCCUCCUUCCAGCUCACGGAGAAUCAGGAGAUGCCCUCCGGAAGCCCCGCUUGCAGAAGUCUCUGACGUGCUACCUGGACGAUGUGUUCUUCACGCUGUAUCCCUCGCUGGAGAAGUUCGAGGAGGAGCUUCUGGAACUCGUGAUCAGCGAUCGCUUCCGGGAGGCGGGCAGCCCGCUGGACGUUGGCGCCCUGGAGAUCCUGGAGCGGCGCCUGUGCGUGGGCGUGCACAAUGGGUUGGGCUUUGUGCAGCGGCCACAGGUCCUCGUGCUGGUACCCGAGCUGGAGGUGGCCUUGACACGCUCUGCCAGCUUUAGCCGGAAGGUCGGCUCCUCUUCCAAGGCCAGCUCUGGAAACCAGGCUCUGGUCCUGAGAAGCCGUCUCCGACUCCCUGAGAUGGUCCGUCACCCCGCGUUCGCCAUUGUCUUCCAGCUGGAGUAUGUGUUUAACAGCCCCUCGGGGGCGGACGGCAAAGCAGCUUCAUUCACCUCCUUGUCCAGCCUGGCAUGUAUGCACAUGGUUCGCUGGGCUGUCUGGAACCCCUCGCUGGAAGCCGUCUCCGGGCGGGUGAUGUUACCUCUCCAGGGUGGCAUCCAAUCCAACCCUUCGAAAUGUCUGGUCUAUAAGGUUCCUCCAGCCAGCAAGAGCUCCGAAGAGGUGAAGCAGGUGGAGUCAGGGACGGUCCAGUUCCAGUACUUGCUGAGCCCUGAAGAACACCCGGACAUACCCACAGGGAAUGCAAGUGGCCCCAAGGCAGAGCGGCGGUCUUUUAGGAAGUCACCUGCGUCCCCGUCAAACCCACCAGCAUCACUGCCCCAGGGGCUCAUCGCUCCCCAGGACUCACCCAUGGGACCAGGGCUGUCACUUUCCCAGCUGGCGGCUUCCCCACCGUCCCCGGCUCCGCGCCACCGCUCGGCCAAACCCUCAUCACGGCCUCCUGGGAGCCCCGCGCCCUCCCUGGUCCCAGGGGAGUUUCCCUUGGAGGGCAGGAUCUCUCACCUGGAGGCUGACCUGAGCCAGACGGCCUUGGCCCUGGGAACGUCCGCUGCUGACCACUUGCAGGAACUGCCUUUCACGCCCGUGCACGCCCCGAUCAUUGCAGGAACCCAGACUAGGAGCUCUGGAGGGAAGCUGUCACGGGCCUCCCUGGCACUGCUGCAGUCUGCUGGCUUUCCUGAGAUUCUGGAUGCCAACAAGCAACCAGCUGAGGCUGUGAGUCCUACAGACCCCGUGAAGUUCAGCCCUCAGAAGGAAGAAUCGGACUGUCUACAAGGCAAUGAGAUAGUGCUGCAAUUUCUUGCCUUUAGCAGGGUGCCCCAGGACGAGCAGGCAGCUCCAUGGCCACAGACUGUGUACUUCACCUUCCAGUUCUACCGCUUCCCGCCCGAGACCACGCCACGGCUGCAGCUCGUGGAGCUGGCUGGUGCCGGGAAGUCCGGCUCUGCCUCCCUGUCGCACAUCCUCGCCCAGAUCCAGAAGGAUGGCUCCUUUGAUGCGGGGUCUCCGGGCUUUCAACGGAAGUACCUGGUGGACCCUGGGUUCCUGAGACCUGGGGAGCAGCGCUGGUUUGCCCGCUACCUGGCCAUGCAGACCCUGCAGAUCGAUGUCUGGGAUGGGGACUCCCUGCUUCUUGUCGGAUCUGCUGCCGUUCAGCUGAAGCACCUCCUCCGCCAAGGGCGGCCGGCCGUGCAGGUCUCGCACGAGUUGGAGGUCGUGGCGACUGAAUACGAGCAGGACGCCAUGGUGGUGAGUGGAGAUGUGACCAGGUUUGGCUGUGUCAAGCCCAUCGACAUCCGCACAGUGGUGAAGGGCCAACUGCACUUGACCUUGGCCAACGUGGGUCACUUGUGUGAACAGAGAGUGGGGAGUCCCAGUUCCCUGCCACCUUCCAGGUCGAGGGUCAUCUCGAAUGACGGCGUCGGCGGCUUCACAGGAGGCAGCCUCCUAACACCCGGGGUCCCCAGACUGAAAAAUGUGGUCCAAGCCCAGAAGCUGGCUGACGUGGACAGCGGACUGGCUGCCCUGCUCUUCACAGCCCCGAGACCGGGAGCCCGGGGGCCCCUGGGUGUCGGUCAAGAGGGGGAUGCCGUCCGCAGGCGCAAGCUGGAGCGCAUGAGGGCCGUGCGACUGCGGGAGUGCGGAUCAGAGCCGGGCCGCCGUGGGCUGGGCGCGCUGGCCCAGCAGAGCCUCCAUGCCCAGCACGCCCGAGACCUGCAGGUCAUUGCCGCCUACCGUGAGCGCACGAAGGCGGAGAGCAUCGCCAGCGCGCUGAGCACGGCCAUCACCACGCAGCACACCAUCCACGCCGCGCUGGGUGCUGCCGAGUUCUUCGAGUUCGCCCUGAGGAACCCCCACAACGCGCAGCACACGGUGACCAUCGAGAUAGACAACCCCGAGCUCAGCCUCAUCCUGGACAGUCAGGAGUGGCGGUACUUCAAGGACAUAGCUGACUUGCACACGCCGCUGGAGGAGGACAUGUUCCACCUGCGGGGCAACCUGGCCCCCCAACUCUUCCUGCGACCCCGGGAGACUGCCCAUAUCCCCUUCAAGUUCCAGACUUUCUCUGUGGGCCCACAGGCCCCGGCACAGGCCUCUGCUGAGCUGAGAUCAGAGAAGGACACGGAUGCCAGGUCACCUCGUAAGUCCAGCACGAUGCCCACCAAACAUGCCAAGGUCCUGUUUCGCGCGGGCAGCGGCAAACCCCUGGCUGUGCUCUGCCUGACGGUGGAGCUGCAGCCCCACGUGGUGGACCAGGUCUUCCGCUUCUACCACCCAGAGCACACCUUCCUGAAGAAGGCCAUCCGCCUGCCGCCCUGGCACACGCUUCCAGGUGCCCCUGUAGGGACGUCCAGUGAGGACCCCCCACUCCACGUUCGAUGUAGUGACCCAAACAUCAUUUGUGAGACACAGAAUAUGGGCCCCGGGGAGCCCCGUGACGUGUUCCUGAAGGUGGCCAGUGGCCCUAGCCCGGAGGUCAAGGACUUCUUUGUCAUCAUCUACGUAGACCGCUGGUUGGCAACACCUGUCCAGACCUGGCAGGUCCACCUGCACUCGCUGCAGCGAGUGGACGUCUCCUGUAUCACUGGCCAGAGGACCUGCCUGGCUCUCGUCCUCCGGGGGACACAGACAGUUAGGAGAGUGCAGGCUUUCAGCUCACACCCCCAGGAGCUGACGACGGACCCCAGAGGUGUGUUCGUGCUGCCCCCUCAUGGGGUGCAGGACUUGCAUGUGAGCGUCAGGCCCCGCAGGCCGGGCAGCCGCUUCGCGCACCUCCACCUAGUCGACGUGGACGCCCACCAGCUGGUGGCCUCGUGGCUCCUGUGUCUCUCCUGCCGGCCGCCUCUCAUCUCCAAGGCCUUCGAGAUCAAGCUGCCUGUGGGGGGCGGGAGGGGCACCAACAAGCGCAUCACCUACACCAACCCCUACCCCUCGCGGAGGGCCUACCGCCUGCUCAGCGAUCACCCCCACCUGCUGCAGUUCAAGGAGGACGCCUUCCAGGUCGGGGGAGGUGAGACCUACACCAUCGGCCUGCAGUUUGCAUCCCGUCAGAAAGCCGGGGAGGAGGAGAUCCUGAUUUACAUCAACGACCACGAAGACAAAAACGAGGAGACCUUUUGCGUGAAGGUCAUCUACCAGUAG